UAUAACCUCAGCUAAUGUUUGUUAAUGUUUACUGAGUGUUUUGGCUUAAGGUUGUUAAAACAUUUUGUGUGCUGAACAUAUAGGACAGCUUGCAUGUAGCCCUUGUUUGAGUGGUCUGCUUUAUGACUCUAACAUACAUUAACUAGGAUAGAAUGCAAAGACGCAACAGAGUCGUCAUGACUCACCUUUUCACAGUCUCCCAGAUGAUGAAGCAAGCUCUUUACUGGAUCGCUGUCUUUGCUCUAAGUGGAUCAGGACUCCAUGUCCUGGAUUAAGACUGAGAUGAGUUUUUUGAAAAUUCAAACUGCAGCUGUGAUUUUGCAGUUAUGUCUACUACUGGAAGUGAUGUAUGUCUUCAAGACCUGCAGAAUGUUGGAACCCUCUGAGCAGACUGAGAGCAGUCAUGGAUCUGCUGCUGAAAACAUCAAUAUCACCCACGAAGGCCACCUGGAAUCUCCUGACCAUGUAAAGUACAAACAGCCCAGCAUCAUCCAUGGUCGUACCGAUGUAGUGACGGUGACGCCUUGGUUGGCUCCUGUUGUCUGGGAAGGAUCUUUUAAUCUGGAUCUCUUGGACGCCAUCUACAAACCAAAGAACAUCAGCAUCGCAGCUACUGUGUUCGCUGUGGGAAAGUACACCAUGUUCCUGAAGGAUUUCCUGGAAACAGCAGAAGAGCACUUCUUUGUAGGUUUCACUGUCCACAUGCACGUCUUUACCGACAAGCCAAAGGAAGUGCCCCAAGUCAAAAUGGCUGCCGGCAGAAAGUUGUUGGUGCAUACCGUACCCAGUGCCGACCGUUGGCAGGAGAUCUCUGCUCGUAGGAUGGAUAUCAUCCAGAAAUUGAUAGAGGAGGAGCUUCAAGAUAACACCGACUACAUCUUCUGUCUGGAUGUGGACUCCAAGUUCCAUGGCCACUGGGGGACAGAGUCGUUAGGCAGACUAGUUGCUGUGAUUCAUCCAGGAUACUACAAAACCAAUCGUGAUGUGUUACCCUAUGAGCGGCGGCCGUCCUCCAAUGCCUACAUCAGUCCUGGGGAGGGUGACUUCUACUACUGUGGAGGGGCAUAUGGAGGCCAAGUAAAGGACGUACAUCAACUCACCAAAACUUGCAGUGAAAACUUCAAGGAUGAUACGAAAAGAGGCACUGAGGCAACCUGGCAGGAGGAGAGUCACCUGAACAGGUACAUGUGGAUCAACAAGCCCACUAAGCUUCUAUCACCUGAGUACCUCUGGCAGGACUUCAAAGACAAGGAGCCCGAAAUUCACAUCAUCAGGUUCUCUGGAGUCAUCAAGAACUACGCUGCGAUUCGUCCCAACGCCUAAGAGUGUUGACAGCAUGCCAGAAAUGCAACUGUUUUUGUUUCAUAUUAAUAGGUCUGAUCCAAAAGGACUUAGGCUGCUUAAAAUCACCCAGAACGUGAACAUGAAGGAAAAAAAGAUUAAUAAAGACAAAUUAUUCAUUUAGAUUAAUUAAUUUUUAUGAAGUUGUUAUGAACUUUGAAUACUAGCAGCUCUCUAACCCCUGAAGGCCCUGGUAUACUUGUGCGUCAGGGUCCUGUAGUAUCUGACUUCACCAUCGGCCGUACAAGUUCGUACCAAAGAACUACAGAACAAUGCUACAGCUUGGACGCGCCUGGUUCGAGCAGCUCAUCAGCUGAAAGGUCCAUCGGGCAGGGGAGUCAUGGUGUCAGCCAGUUCAAGGGUUGCCACGUUGAGGCUUGGAUGACUAUCCUUGGCGACUACUUCAAAAAUAGUUUCUGCUUGGUGAGCUGGGCUUAAUACUCGGAAAUUAAUUUUUUCCAUGCGCUAUCCACGCGCAUCCAACACGCUCUUGGCAACGUGGUCCCAAACUUUGGGCUGCACGUGCAAAUUGCAUCAUGUGCUCAGCGUUGGGUCCGCUGUGUGCAAAAGUAUACCAGGGCCUUAACCCUCAAGAUGGCAAGCUACCCUCUGAGUGAAUACCCUGUACAGCAUUAACCACUACCAGUUCUGCCAAAAUUGUAGAACAUUUACUGCCCACAUACCUAUUCAUUUCCUUGCAACCUUGCUGCCAAUAUCUCCAAACUUAUAACCUGACACCCUGGCAGUCAAUGUGUUUACAUACAUGUUAAAUGUCAGAUUUAAGACGGGCUAAGAAAAUAAUUUGGUUUUCUUAAUGUCAUGUAAACAUGCUAAUUCAACUGAAAUCAAGCUUGUCUUUGUCAUGCUAGCAUACAUGGAUCAUGCCAUUCAUAGUCCAAUUACUAUAUACAAUAUACGCUUAGUCAGACUUGAGUCAGACUUGGCGUUCUAUGCAUGCACCACAAUUUCUUCCCCGGUAGAAGGAGAUGAUGUGUACACUGCAGUACUGUCGCCGGACAUCACAUGGACAACACAGCAACCAAAAGAGCCAUGGUCCAUCUAAUUCAAAUCACGAUUGACACGAUUGACACAGCAAAUAAAUCCAUUUUCUCCUUUGCAUUCAUACUCGGACUCGGUCAUCGGAUGACGGCCUUAGCUUGAUUAAACUGUCCUUGUAAACAUAUUGACUCACUCUUGCAUCUUCCAGUGUUCCAGGAGUUCAGCACUUUCCAAGCACCAGCAUAGUUUUUAAAGUUAUCAAAAAAACACAGAUUAACGCUAGUUAAUACUGUAUUAUUACGACCAUUACUACCAUUGCCUGAAUACUAAUGCUGUAACACAGCAGUACAAAUGCUUCUUAUUUACAUCUACGAGGAAUUUGACUUGCUGUGUUGGUGCAUUUAAAUACAAUAAAAUAAGAAAAUAAAAAUAAAACCAUAAGAUAUUAAAAAAUCUAUACAGUAACACAAACACAAGAAAUGUACAUAAGGUGCAGUGGGUUUAAAGGAAUUAUUAUUGAUCUGUUUUUUUGAUAUGGUUUGAUAUGUGACUCAUAAAUCUGCAUUUGUUAUACAUGAAUAAAAUGUCGGCUGCAUUGUGGACUGCUCAUGA